AUGGGUAGCUUUGUGUUCAGAUGGCCACAUCCCGACGCCUACGAUGUCCACGUCACCGGCACUUUCGACGACUGGGGCAAGACUGAAAAGUUGAAUAAGGUUGGCGACAUUUGGGAAAAGGAGGUGCGAUUGCCGGAGGCCGGGAAGAAGAUACUCUACAAGUUCGUCGUCAACGACAACUGGGUCAUCGACCCUCAAGCCGCUACCGAAGACGACGGCCAUGGAAAUGUCAAUAACGUUCUGCACCCGGAGCAAAUCAGCCGCAAGGGUGACGUCGCUCCUGAGGCCUUGACGACUUCAAGUGCAGCGCCAGAAAGCACCACCGCGGCUUUGGCUGGUGGGGUGCCCUUGGAAUCGAGAAAAGAGGCGACCGAAGUUGAAUCUGCGUCCUACCCUACCCUCAAUAAGGAAACCACUAAAAGCAGCCCGCCAGGAGCAUUCCCAGAAACCCCGGCAAAUGAACAAGAACAGUCCUUCGGCGUCAACCCACUGCCACCCACCACGGAAAACAAAAACCCAGUGGAUCUUCCGGCUGGUGAGAAGGUGCCUCCUUCCAAUCAAUUUACCUCCAACUCCAUCUACUCUUCAAUCACGACCUCAGAGCAGGACUAUGACAAUGCCGGUAGCUCAACAUCUUACAUUGGAGGUGCGCUAUCAGCGCUUGGUCUCGGAGGGCUUGCGUCGUCUUUGACAUCCUCUGAAAAGAAGGAAAAUUUGAUCCCGGAGUCUUCCCUUCCAAUGAGCAAAGACGCCGGGCUUGAGGAUGCUGGUCCCACGACUCAAUCAGCUGGACCUACUUCUACGACUGCAGAUUUGGCAGGUCAGGUCCCAUUGGAAGAGCGCAAGGAAGCUACAGUCUAUGAGCCUGAAUCUACUACUUCUGCUGUUCCCGAGGUCGUCAAGGAGUCCAUCGCAGAGGCGCACGUUUCGCCAGAAGCAACCACUUCUGCUGAAGCUGUAAGGGAGAAGACAGCAGUGGAAGAGGAGCUGUUAAAUAAAGUCCCCACCACAGAUGCAAACGUCCAGGCUGCCUCCUCAGCUGUGCCCUCAGUCGUCCAAGAUUCGCUUGCCGAGGCUAACACUUCCCCUGAAGCGGCUGCUUCUACUGAAGCGGUCAGAGAAAAGGCAGAAGUGGAACAAGAGCUGUUGAAUAAGGUCUCUACCACAGAUGUAGACGCUCAGGCUACUUCCUCAGUGGUGCCCGAAGUUGUCCAGGAGUCGGUAGCCGAGGCUAACACUUCUCCCGAAGCGGCUGCGUCUACCGAAGCUGUCAGAGAAAAGGCUCAAGUGGAACAAGAGCUCCUAACGAAAGUGCCUGAAACCGAAGAGGCUGGUGAGCCUGCACCAACCAUUGCAGCGGCCACUUCUGCGACUGCCCCAUCCACAACAAGGGAGACCACCAGCGAAACUCUUCCUGGAACCUCGUCGGUCGCCGCUGCCGCAAUCGCCGACGGAGCUGAAGGAUCCGAGGUUCCAAGUAAUGUUGCGCAGACUAGCACUGUCACCGAGAAGACGGAAGGCGACAACACCGAAUAUGCCCCUCCGCAUAACACCAGUAGUGCUCCAGGUGUGUCGAGCGCAGCCGCUGCGGCAGUCUCGGAUGGUACGGAGGAUCCUACGCUGGCCGACGAACCCGCGGUUCGUAUGAUGAACGCGAAUGACGCCCAGGGAACUGCCCCUGCAGCGACUGAGGCCGCACCAGCCACAACAAGCUCCUAUGUACCAGCGACUUCGGCUACCCCUGUCAAGGAGACUCUAAAGUCCGCAGCACCCACAUCUGCUGCUCCAGCAUCCAAGAAGGAGACCACGACAACUCCAUCAAGCGCUACUACUACACCUACCAAGAAGCCUGCCACCACCACUCCUACCGCCAGUCCUGCGUCGACAAGCAAGGAUAAGAAGAAGAAGAACCGGAUCAGCUCAUUGUUCAAGAAGAUCUUCGACUAA